GCUCACGGCACCGGGCGGGGGAUGCUGGCAGCUAGCGGCCCGCGGGAACCAUGCUCCGGGGGUUGGCGGGCACCUGGGCCGUGCUCGGCGCGCUGCUCUGGGGCUGUGGGCUGGCGCUGCUGCAAGGCGGGAUGCUCUACCCCCAGGAGAGCCGAUCGCGGGAGCGCAAGGAGCUGGACGGCCUCUGGAGGUUCCGCGCCGACUUCUCCCAGAACCGGCGCCAGGGCUUCGAGCAGCAGUGGUACCGGACGCCGCUGCGGGAGUCGGGCCCCAGCCUGGACAUGCCGGUUCCCUCCAGCUUCAACGACGUGGGCCAGGAUGGGCGGCUGAGGAGCUUCGUCGGCUGGGUGUGGUAUGAACGGGAGGCCGCCCUGCCCCAGCGAUGGACCGAGGACCUGGGCACACGAGUGGUGCUGAGGGUCGGCAGCGCCCACUACUACGCCAUCGUGUGGGUGAAUGGGGUCCAUGUGGCAGAGCACGAGGGGGGCCAUCUCCCCUUCGAGGCUGACAUCAGCAGGCUGGUCCAGAGUGGGCCCCUGUCCUCCUGCCGCAUCACCAUCGCCAUCAACAACACGCUCUCCCCCAACACCCUGCCGCCAGGGACCAUCCUCUACAAGACGGACACCUCCAAGUACCCCAAGGGUUACUUUGUCCAGAACACAAACUUUGACUUCUUCAAUUACGCGGGACUGCAUCGGACUGUGCUCCUCUACACCACGCCUACCGCCUACAUCGAUGACAUCACCGUCGCCACCGACGUGGACCAAGACACUGGGCUGGUGAAUUACCAGAUCGUUGUCCAGGGCAGUGAGCACUUCCAGCUGGAAGUGUGUCUUCUGGAUGAGGAAGGCACGGUCGUGGCCAAGGGGACCGGGGGCCGGGGCCAGCUGCAGGUGCCCAGUGCCCACCUCUGGUGGCCGUACCUGAUGCACGAGCACCCUGCCUACCUGUACUCGUUGGAGGUGAAGCUGACCGCACAGACGGCUGCUGGGUUUGUGUCUGACUUCUACACCCUGCCCGUGGGGAUCCGCACCGUGGCUGUCACACAGAGCCAGUUCCUCAUCAACGGGAAGCCUUUCUAUUUCCACGGGGUCAACAAGCAUGAGGAUGCAGACAUCCGAGGGAAGGGCUUUGACUGGCCGCUGCUGGUGAAGGACUUCAACCUGCUUCGCUGGCUGGGCGCCAAUGCCUUCCGCACCAGCCACUACCCCUACGCAGAGGAGGUGAUGCAGCUCUGCGACCGCUAUGGGAUCGUGGUCAUCGACGAGAGUCCCGGAGUGGGCAUCGUGCUGGCCCAGAGCUACAGCAACGUGUCUCUGCAGCACCACCUGGAGGUGAUGGAGGAGAUGGUCCGCAGGGACAAGAAUCACCCGUCUGUUGUGAUGUGGUCUGUGGCCAACGAGCCCGCUUCCUUCCUGAAACCAGCUGGUUACUACUUUAAGACGCUGAUUGCCCACACCAAAGCCUUGGACCCCUCCCGGCCCGUGACCUUUGUGACCAACUCCAACUAUGAAGCAGACCUGGGGGUGCCUUAUGUGGACGUCAUCUGUGUGAACAGUUACUACUCCUGGUAUCAUGACUACGGGCACAUGGAAGUGAUUCAGCUGCAGCUGGCAACCCAGUUUGAGAGCUGGUAUAAGACCUACCAGAAGCCAAUUAUUCAGAGCGAGUACGGAGCAGAAACCAUCACAGGGUUUCACGAGGACCCACCUCUGAUGUUCAGUGAAGAGUACCAGAAAGGCCUGCUUGAGCAGUAUCACGUGGUUCUGGAUCAAAAACGAAAAGAAUAUGUGGUUGGAGAGCUCAUCUGGAAUUUUGCUGAUUUUAUGACUGACCAGUGUAAGUGGCAGUUCGGUGCAUGGAAUGUACCGCUUCUCCUUUUUUCAGCACCACAGAGGCCGAUAGGGAAUAGAAAAGGGAUCUUCACUCGUCAGAGACAACCGAAAAGUGCAGCAUUCCUGUUGCGAGAGAGGUACUGGAAACUUGCCAAUGAAACCAAGUGCCACCGGUCAGCUGUGAAGUCACAGUGCGUGGGAAACAGCCCGUUUACUUUUUAAGCAAGAACUACCUCUCUGCUGACAAGGGCUCUGUCAGCCCCUCCUUCCCAAGUAGGGGGCGACUUCCACAGGACACAGAGCAAGCGCUUCCUGGACUGUGCAUGGCAGACCGGGAAGUUUUCUGGUCUGGAUUUUGUGGUCAUUUGCUAGAAGGGAACAUUAGAGGUGAAAAUAAAGGCUUUUGUAGUAUGAGAGUAAAGAGUUGGCUUAAAAGCAACCAUCCAUAAAUUCAAUGACCUGUACUGCUG